GUAAUGUUUUUAUCACCCGAGCUAACAGGCUAACAGACUCCUGACAGUGGCCAUGGAUGUGAGCCGGUUUACACCGGGACGGCGACACUGUGUCCACAGACAACGAUAACAACUGUCUACGGCGGCGACCCUCUUCUCCUCCUCACUAUCUGCCUACUUUGUGUUUAAGUCCGUCGGUUAUCUUGGUCGACUUUUGCCCUCUUUAUCCCGCAGCGCCUACAUGCUAACUAGCUAGCCUUGUUAGCUAGCUAUAAAUCAGCGUCGCUCAAAACUCAAAGCUAACAAACUAACUGGGGAUUGGACGGACGGACAUGUGCAAUGGCAUCGGUUCGGGUGGCUGUCCGGGUCAGACCCAUGAACAGACGGGAGAAGGACUUGACCGCAAAAUGCAUCAUCAAGAUGGAAGGGACGAAAACCUCCAUCAUCAACCUGAAGACCCCCGAAGGCAUCGCAGGUGAUCUGACGAGAGAGCGAACCAAGACCUUUACGUACGACUUCUCCUACGACUCCACGGACUGCAAGAGCUCCACGUUUGUCUCCCAGGAAAAGGUUUUUAAAGAUUUGGGCGUGGAUGUGCUGAAGGCGGCGUUUGAGGGUUACAACGCCUGCGUCUUCGCCUACGGUCAGACCGGCUCUGGGAAGUCCUACACCAUGAUGGGGAAUCCAGGAGAUGCCGGUCUGAUCCCGAGGUUCUGUGAAAGUUUGUUCAGUCGUAUCUCCGCGGCGAGUCGAUGGGAUGAAGCUUCAUUCCGUACAGAAGUCAGCUACCUGGAGAUCUACAACGAGAGGGUGAGAGACCUGCUGAGGAGGAAAUCCACUCAGACCUACAACCUGAGAGUCAGGGAGCACCCAAAGGACGGACCGUACGUAGAAGAUCUGUCAAAACACCUGGUGCAGAACUACAGCGACGUGGAAGAGCUGAUGGAGGCGGGAAACAUCAACCGCACCACCGCCAGCACCGACAUGAACGAUGUCAGCAGCCGCUCGCACGCCAUCUUCACCAUCAACUUCACACAGGCCAAGUUCGACGCAGAGAUGCCCAGCGAGACGCUCAGUAAGAUCCACCUGGUGGAUCUGGCCGGCAGCGAGCGGGCCGACGCCACCGGAGCGACGGGCGUCCGCCUGAAGGAGGGAGGAAACAUCAACAAGUCGCUGGUCACCCUGGGCAACGUCAUCUCUGCACUUGCUGACAUGACGCAGGACGGCGUGAACACCAACCUGAAGAAGAAGUCGGUGUUUGUUCCCUACAGAGACUCGGUGCUGACGUGGCUGCUGAAAGACAGCCUGGGCGGCAACUCCAAGACCAUCAUGAUCGCCACCGUUUCCCCCGCCGACGUGAACUACGGCGAGACGCUCAGCACUCUGCGAUACGCUAACCGAGCCAAGAACAUCAUCAACAAACCCACCAUCAACGAGGACUGCAACGUCCGGCUGAUCAGAGAACUGCGGGCCGAAAUCGCCCGACUCAAAGCUCUGCUGAUUCAGGGCAACCAGAUUGCUCUCCUGGACUCGCCCACUGCUCUGAGUAUGGAGGAGAAGCUGCACCAAAAUGAAGCCAGAGUCCUGGAGCUGACUAAAGAGUGGACCAACAAAUGGAACGAGACUCAGAACAUUCUCAAGGAGGAGACUCUGGCUCUGAGGAAAGAGGGGAUCGGCGUGGUGUUGGACUCGGAGCUACCGCACCUCAUCGGCAUCGACGACGACCUGCUCAGUACCGGCAUCAUCCUGUACCAUCUGAAGGAGGGACGGACAUACGUGGGAAGGGAGGACGCGUCCACAGAGCAGGACAUCAUCCUGCACGGUCUGGACCUGGAGAGCGAACACUGCAUGUUUGAGAGCCAGAAUGGCAAAGUGACCCUGGUGCCGCUCGGCAGAGCCCAGUGUUCAGUUAACGGCGUUCAGGUGACUGAGCCGAUGGCGCUCAACCAAGGUGCUGUCAUUCUGCUCGGCAGGACCAACAUGUUUCGCUUCAACCAUCCGAAAGAGGCGGCCAAGCUGAGGGAGAAACGCAAGAGUGGCCUGCUCUCUACGUUCAGCCUCUCUAUGACCGACCUGUCCAAGUCCUGUGAGAGCCUGUCCACUGUGAUGCUCUACAACCCCGGUCUCUUCACUGAGAAGGGCCCCGUCUUCCUCAGGCUUGAGUUUGAGAGACAGCAGCGAGAAGAGCUGGAGAAACUGGAGCUGAAAAGGAGGCUGAUAAACGAGAUGGAGGCGAAGCACCAGAGUGAGAAGGCGGAGCUGGAGCGCCUGCAGCAGGAGGUGGAGAGUCAGCGUAAGGAGUCGGAGGAGGUGCAGCAGCGGAUCCUCCAUCAGGAGGAGAGCCUGCGCCGACGCAGCCAGGACAUUGAGAGCCGCCUGCGAGACUUCCUGGCCGAGAAGGAGCGCUUCGAGGAGGAGAGGCGCUCGGAGAUCCACGGCGAGGAAAUCCAGCGGCAGAAACGGCAGCGGGAAGGCGAAGCCGAAGAGAAGGAGCAGGACGCGGAGCAGCGGCGGCAGCAGGAGGCUGCGGAGCAGACGGAGAUCUACCGUGAGCUGGAGCGGCUAAAGAGGGAGCGCGAGGAGCAGAGGGUCCGUCUGGAGACGGAGCGUCGGCGGCUGGAGGAGCAGGAGCGCGAGCAGCUGAGCCUGGUGGGGCGGCUGGAGGAGCAGCUGAGGGAGAAACACGAAGCGGCCACCGCCCUGCUGACCCUGGAGGACGCAUGCCGCCUGGAGGAGGAGCGGCAAGCACUGGCCGAGAUCAGAGAAGCACUCCUACGUGCCAAAGAGACCGCGGAGCGACCGGAUGUGGAGGACGGCGGCGAGGAGGCGCGCUCCGCCCAGCUGCGAUACGCAAACUUCAAACAGGCGCAGGUGAGGGAGCUCGGCGAGCUGGAGGAGGGGCUGCGGCAGCAGAGGGAGCGCCUGGAGAAAGAGGUCGCGGCCGAGCGUAGCGCUCUGCUGCACCUCACACACGGACUCAAAGAGCGACACCAGCAGCUGAAGGAGACGCAGACGAAGGGGGCACAGGACGCCACAGCCGUCUGCCAGGAGGAGCAGCUGGUCAAACAGGCGGAGCACAGGCUGCAGCUCAAGGAGCGCCAGCUAGCCAGCGUGGCCGACGUCCUCCUCCCCACGCUGGCCGAGGAAAAGCAGAGAGCCGUGGAGGUGCUGGAGCGCAGCGGAGGCGGCAGCGGCAGCAACGGGAACUGCGGCGGCCCGCCGGGGCUGGACAACACGCUGUUCCAGGUCGAGAAGGAGCUGGAGGACAAGGAGGAGAAGCUGAACAGCCACCGGCUCGGUGCUCAGCAGCUGCAGCAGCUCCAGGAGACCUACGAGUUCACGGCCAACGUGGCGCGGCAGGAGGAGAAGGUGCGGAGGAAGGAGAAGGAGAUCCUGGAGUCGAAGGAGAAGCAGCAGAGGGAGGCCAUGGAGCAGGCGGUGGCCCGGCUGGAGAGGAGGCACUCGGCCCUGAGACGCAGCGUCUCCCUGGAGCCCGACACAGAGGAGCAGAGACACAAGAUCUCCGCCCUCAGGAAUCUGAGGACGGGGGGAGACCUGGACCAGCAGAGGGUUGAGCGGGAGAUCCAGAAGCUGAGACGAAGGAUCAGCGAAGGGGAAGAGAACAACAGGACUCACUCCAUCAAUAAUGAGGAGAAGACGAGUCACAACAGCUCUCCGGUCAGCCACAUCCAGAGUCUGAACACGCUGCUGCCGCUGUCCGACGACAGGAUUAAUGCGUACAUCGAAGAGGAAGUCCAGCGACGGUUACGCAAGAUGAAUCUUCUCAACGGCAGCAGCAGCAACAUGGAUCUGUCUCUGUCCUCUGAAUCUCUCAGGGACGAGGAAGAAGCUAGUGACUGUAGCUCUGUUAGGUUAACAGACGAGGAUGAUGAAAAGCUGCAAAACAGUAAUCCAAGGAAGCUUAAAUAUGAGAAAGCCUGCGGGUUGGGGUCUAGCUUCCUGCCUUCCCCGGAGCUUGAGGCAAACUCCCCGCUUCACAUCCAGGAAAACAUGUUCGAAGAACCACAGAACAACAUCUUAAAACUUCACAGAGAAGAAAAACUUGAAUCCACAGCUAAUGUCUUGGUUGAAACGAAGGAAGUGCAUUACAGAAAUGGCGACAAAAACAAAUUGUGGCAAAAAGAAAAGAGUAUCCCUCUAGGAAAAGUGGGCCGAAUUGUUUGUGAAAUUGAACGUUGUACCAUUGGACAGCCUAAGUUUUGUGUCAGCCCGGCCAACAUAGAGACCAAGAGAGUUGAUGAAAAUGAGAACGUCACUGAUAAAAGAAUAAACGAUUCUGGCUUCUGUGUUCCUGAUGAUGAUGAAGUGAUUACAGAUCAAACGACAGAGCUGCCGGUAAAUGGACACUCUUCUUACUCAAAGGAGAAAGUCGAGCACCAAACAUGUGAUCCAGGAUUGGCACAAGAUGUAGAAGUUCCCAAUGAUCAGUCGUCAAAGUUGCAGAACUUUGUCAAUGAUGACGGUGAUUCCAAGCAGGAGUCUAAGGAAUCCGUAAGUGGGCAAAUAAAACAAGAGACAGACACAGAAACUGAGGAAGUGGCGGCCAAAAGAAGCUGUUCCAAGGAGGAGUCGAAGGAAUCAGUUAGCUGUCAAAUAGAGCAAGAGACAGACUCAGAAACUGAGAAAGUGGCGGUCAAAGGGAGCUAUGUUUUGGGAUAUUUUGCUGGAAAGCUGUCCGAAGUGUACAAAGGUGCCGGUAGAAGGCUGCAAGGCACACAGGACAUGAUUCGAAAUGUGCGAGCCGGUGAAAUAAGGGUUGCGCUCUCUCAGUAUGUGACCAAGAUCUCCAAAGAGCUGCCACUGAUUCAUCAAAUGCAGCUUACACCGGAGCCAGAACCUUGCAUCCUUACAGAAAAUGAAGUCUGUCAGGUUGAUCAGUUGGGGGGUCUCACCCUUAUGGCCCCGGGCAUCUCAAGAUGGCCUGAAGGCUCCGUGUCGUCUCUCAAAGACGCAUGUCCGGAAGUGUUUAAUCAAGGGCUGGUCCAGCUGCCGCCAGCCUUGUCUCAGCUACAGUCACUUUCCUCCCAGGAGAUGCGAGAGAAGUUGGGAUCUGUGGCUCCCCAGAUCGAAGUCGACGAGCUUUUGAGUAUCUUCUGGCUCAAAACUGCCAACCGUAAGCAGCCAAUUCCUAAGCCUGGGUGCUUGCUUUUGUCACGGAAGGACAUAACAGUGCUGUCAACAAGUGAAACAAAUUCAGAAGACACCAUAGCUAUUUUUCACCACUUGAAUCUCCUGGAAAUCAAGGAGGUCCAGAUUAGUUUGGCCGGGCAGCACGUUCGCCUGAUUGGCUGCACCGAAGACACCGUUUUGGUAGUCUUUACCCACAGCAAAGAUCUUACCCAGGAGUUCUGCAAGUCUUUACUCAAGGUCCUUUCUCCGGAAAAGUUCUCUGAAGGGACUGAAGAUCACCCGUUACUCUCCGACGACCUAAUGGUCCUCUCCUUGGAUUGGACGUUGAGCGUUCCUGACAUCGUCCUGGCCAACGGCGUUCACGUCACCUCCAGAUUCAAGCGUGUCCUCGCAGACCUGCUCUACAUCGUCCACGGGAACAUGGACGAUCCUGGCAAACCUUCUCUGGCACACAUUCGCCCUCUGCUCUACACCAGCGUCAAGAUCAAGAACUCUACCGACACCGCGCAUCAGGACGCCAUUUUCCAGUUCCUCUUGACGGACACUCACGUGGCUCUUCUCCGGGAGGACGGCGUCUUUCACCCGGUGCCGCGUGGCUCCAGUCUGGUCCCUGCCCAGCCCCAGUUUCAGACACUCAAACUCCGCAAGCAUUCAGACAUCCGAUGCGUGCUCGUGAGGGAGAGGGACAACUGCCUGGUGCUCGAGCUUAUGUUUACAACUCACAAAUCACAAACUCGAGGGAAGAAAGUGGAGUCCAGGCUUGAAUCUGAGUUGCCCGCCACCUUUGAUUCCAGUGAUUCCAGUAAGCAGUGCGAUUCAUGGAAGUUAUCUUUUGGUUGCACUUCAGAAGCUGUAAUCUUAGUCAAUCAUCUGUGUAGCUGAGUCAAAACACCUGAACGCAUUUUCACCUUGAUUAAUUUACAAAUGCAGAAAUUAUCAGGCGGGCGCCUUAUUUGUUUUAGGACGUGUUGAAUGAGUUUUUGUCAUUUGACAAAGAAAAAAAAAACUUUACAGAUAUUGUCUAAAGAUCCUAAAAGCAGUUUCACUUUGAUCCAUUCACAUAUGCAGCGUCCUUACUUGUGUCCGAAAGAAAGGGGAGAAACUAGGAAGAAAGAAUUUCAAAAAGAGAGACGUUAUCAGGCGGACACCUUAUUUAUUUUAGGACGUGUUAAAUAUGUUUCUGCCAUUUGACGGAGAAAAAUAGGAGUUAGGAGAUAAUGUCUGAAAAGGUGAUUCAUCAUCCUGCGAAGUAAAAAAUAUUUUUAAAAUAUUUUUUUAACGUUUUUAUAAACUUUUUGUGGUUUUCUUCUGUUUUUGAUUCGGCCAUUUUGCCACAAAGUUCUGAAGAUGUUUUUUUGUGAGGAAGAAGCACAGAUAAUGUUGAUAUGUAACUGUAAUUUCUUUAGUUUAUAUUAAUUAAAAUAAUAAUAUUGGUGGUAGUAAUAAUGAGUGCAUUGUGUUUAUUGAUUUUGGCUUUGUUUACAUUUUUUUUUGUCAUGUUGACGGUUCUUGAUUCUUCUUGUUUUGGUCUUUUAUGGUUCAAAGGGAGAAUUAUGGUGUCACUAAAUUGCACAUUUAAUUGUUUGGUCUAAAGUUUUGCAGCUGCACUUUAAAAAAUUAUAAUUAUGAUCUGAUGACUUGAACAAAAAGAGACGAUUUGUCAUAAUUACAUAGAUUUUUUUGUAUCGGAAUUAACGAUGUUUAAUGUGUCUUUAAAGAAAUGUACAAUGAAAAUAUUUUAAUUGUUUAAAAAGGGAUAAUAAAGAAUGAACUUUCUAU